GAGGAGACAUAUUGUGUUAUUUGCAUAUUGUGUUGCCACCGUCUUACACACGUAUAUGGCAGCAAAUGUUCGUUGUAAUUGAAAUGAAUUGACCUAUUGGAAAAUUUAAAGGUAGAAACAAACUGUAGGUACAAACGUCGUCUAUCAAAAAGCGCAAGUUACAGAGUAAAGUCGGUACACUCAGUUAUUUGAUUUAAAUCACGGUGAUUAGUAGAUUUAUUAAUCGCGGUUUGAAAAAUUGAUAAAAUGGCUGAGGGAUCAAAUACUUCAAAAUUUGUGAAGACUUACGGGAAACCUAGACGUACCCAACUUUUAGGACAAAAUUCACUGUGGAAUGAUGAUUUAAAUGACGAUUUUGACAAAUGUUUGGGUAUUGAGGAUGUUCCACAAUCAACAUUUAUUUCACCAGAACCAAGUGGCUCAGUUACCAUGUUCAAGCCUUCUAAACAUAAAAAAAAAGAUGAAAGCCAGAAGCAUUCUAUUGGUGGAUGGUCAAUGCAAUUACAUUCUACUUUAGAUGGUCAUAGAAAUAAUUUGAGUUCAAAAAAGAGAUAUACAGAAUACAAUUUAGAUAGUAAUCAUAAAAAGAAAAAACUAUUGUUAAAAAGUACUCAAAAGAAAAAGGAAAAUUUGAAUACUGUAAAUAAUUCAAAAGCUGGAGUUACACCGAUCUCGAUCAAGAAAUUAAAAAACAAAUUUAUUUUGUCUAAAGAACAAUGUUCUACUCCAUUACAGAAAUCAAUGCUAUUUGCUUAUGGUAACAAAUUCAAUAGUAUUUCUUCAAAAAAAAGAAAAAAAACAAAAUUAAAGAAAAAUUUGCCGCAUACUAUCAAUACCCUUAAUUCUCCAAAACUUCCCUUGCAAAUAGAACAAUCACAUUUAAAUAAUUCUAACAUAUCAAGCAAAAUAGAUUUUGAAUAUAAUAACCUAUUUGAUGAUUCUGUUCAAAUAUCUAGUUCUCAUUUUCCACCAUCAAAAAACAAGUAUUCAGAAAAUAGUAGAUCUAAUAAAAGCUCUAACAGAGUAUGCAGACUUAAAAAAAAAACUAAUCCAAACUCAAAAGAAAAAAAUUCAAAUUGGUAUCAAAAAGUUAUGAAUAUUUUUUGCGAUGAAGAAUCUAAUUUAGAAAAAUCGAGAAAUCAAGAUGUUAUAACUACAGAGGAACACAUAAGCAUGUGUAGUUUUGAACCAGUCUUAACUUAUGAAACUAUAAAAUUGGAUCCAAUAGAACAGCAGAAGCAAUCAUUACCAUUAUCCAAUUUAAAUAACUUACCAUUUCAAUCUUUACAAUAUUUCAGUAAAAGUUCACCUGGAAAGGAUAAUCAUAAUAUGUUGUCUUUAGAUUGUUCUCUAUCAAACAGAGAGAAUAGCGUCAUAACUAUUGAUAAUAUUAAAGAAUUAACUAUUGAGGAGUCUCAACCAAGUCAAACAUGUACUUUAUAUUAUAAAGAUUUGUCUAAGUGCGCAAAUUUGUCGUAUGAAUCAUGUUAUCAGCUUGAUAAAAGUAAAGCGAUUGAAGACAAUAAAUUAUCAAAUGUUAAUUAUGCAUCUGUAAAUAGUUUAAACGAUAAAGCUUUUGUCAAUAAUCCGAACAAUGAAGACUAUAAAUUACUUCAACUUAAUAAAUGUAGAACUCCAUCUCUAUGUAAGAACUCUUCUCGCCUGAUACAGAGCAUGGUAAAAAAAGAAUAUUCAAGUAAUAGCUUAAGCCAGAACUUUUCUGCGGACCAACUAGAUUUUAGAUUGCUAAAUAUAUUAGACAGAAUUGACAAUAAUAAGCAAGGUGAAUAUGCUCAAAAUAAUCAAACUUCGUUAAUACCAUUUGAAGAAAACGUUGGACUUCAAUCUGACAAUGAACAAUCAAAUUGUUCUUCUUUAGAUUCUGAAUCUCAGAUUUUAUUAGAUGUUACAGCCAAGUUUUCUGAUAUUAUAAUUGAUGAUACAAUUGGGCAGUGUGAAAAAUCAAUUAAGAAGGAAAGUUUAUUUUGCGAAUUAGAUCAUACAUUAGACAUCUCUCUCGACACUUCAAACCACAAACAUGAAAUUAUUUCAAAUGGUUCUUCUAUGUUACAAAGUUCAUCUAGCUUGGAACAAGAUACUGUUAUUUAUAAAAAAACAUGUACAGAUGUGUUACAUAUAAAAGAGAAUGCUGAUUAUAAUAAUCUAUUAUUAAAUGAUAAAAGUACUGAGUUAAAAACUGAUGUAACCACAAUCAAAUGUGAAGAAAAAACCAAUACCGAAAAUCAGAUGAAUAUUUCUGAUAGUGUAUCAAAUGACAUAUUAGAAAUCAACGAGUCAAAUUUGUCUGUAACUAUGUCGCGACGAAAGAGAUAUGCUUCUCGGUUUCAAGGCUUGGAUGUCAUUGAAGAGUCCAGUCAAUUAGAGACCAUUAUGACAGAGGAAAACACAACAGUUUUUCAUUUAGAACCGGGCAAAAAGUGGCGUCGCUCUAUUUCAAUUGUUCGGAGUUUUAUGGAUAGAAACAUGAAUGAGUCUCUAAAUUUCACCAAAGGACGUAAAUGGGCUUAUACUGUUGAUGACGUAUUACGACGGCAGUCUAUAAAUACUAGUAUUCAUCAAAAUUUAGAUCAAAGCAAUAUUUUUAAGAAUUCAAUGUGCAGUUUCAACCAAAGAUAUCUACAUAGAACAUCUAUUGAUACUAGUUAUUAUCAAAAUUUAGAUCAAAGAAAUAUUAUAAAAAGUGCAAUGUUCAGUUCCAACCAAAACUUGCAAAUAACUUCUACUGAUACUAGUAUUUAUCAACAUUUAGAUCAAAGAAAUAUUUUAAAAAGUUCCAUGUGUAAUUCCAGCCAAGACUUGCAAAUAACUUCUACUGAUCUUGAAAAUCAAAAAGCCAGAAGUUACAUUUUUGAUGUAUGUUGUCAACAAGAAUUAAUACCUUUUGAAUCAUGGUUAAGCCCAAAGUGUACAAAUAAAUGGAAAAAGGUUGGAGAAGGUGUAUAUGGUGAAGUAUUUAGCUACUCAAGUGGCAAUCGAUGCACUAUUGUCAAAAUCAUUCCUAUAGAAGGUGAAGUGAAUAUUAAUAGUGAGAAACAGAAGAAGAUGUUUGAAGUCUACAGUGAAAUUGUAAUAGCUACAGAGUUAAAUAAGUUGUGGUACAAAAGUAAUUUGAAUCAAACAAGUUCAUUUUGUAAACUCAAACGUGUUUCCUGUGUUCAAGGAAAAUAUCCUAGUAUUUUGAUUAAUUACUGGCAACAAUAUGACAAAGAUAAAGGUUCUGAUAACGAUAAUCCUGACAUACUGCCAGAGGAUCAAAUGUUUAUGAUUUUGGAAAUGGAAAAUGGUGGUAUUGAUGUUGAAAAUUUUAUUUUCAACUCGGCACAUCAGUCAUUAUUUGCAUUUUUACAGAUUGUUUUUGGAUUAGCUGUAGCUGAGGAAGCAUACAUGUUCGAACACCGUGAUUUACAUAUUGGUAAUAUUUUAAUAAAAAAAUGUUCAAACAAGAAAAUAGCUUAUGUACUGGAGGGUGAACAUUUUGAUGUGCCAUCUCGAGGAAUUAAGAUAACAAUAAUUGAUUACACCUUAAGUAGAAUGACGUAUAAUUCCAAUCAUAUAUUUAAUGAUCUCUCUAAAGAUACAGAAUUAUUUACUUCAGUUGGUGACUAUCAAUUUGAUAUUUAUCGUAUGAUGAGAAAAGAAACUAAUGAUCAAUGGGAAUCGUUCAAACCAGCCACAAAUAUAUACUGGCUACAUUAUGUAUUGGAUAAAAUGCUUAUGUCAGUACAUUAUAAAAAAACUAACACAGUUCUACAUAGUAUUGGCCUUUCAAAUCUGGAGCGGUUGAAAAGUGUAAUAUUAUCCUUUAAUAGUGCAAAAAGUUUUGCUGAAAGUGAAAUAAUAUUGGAGCUAAUAGGAUACAAGAAGCCAUAAA